AUGUCAGAAACUGAACUAUCAACUGAAGAAGAAGAAGAAGAAGAAGAAGAAGAAGAAGAAGAAGAAGAAGAAGAAGAAGUAAAAGCAAUAUCUCCAAUUUUACCCCUCACUACUCAGAGUCCGAUUCGAAAUGUAGAAACUGCGAGGGACGAGAAGCAAGAGGAAGUGUCUAUCCAAACCAAUCCAGAUUCCAGAAUCCAGGAGGGAAAACGACCAACCUUUAUCCUACCCAGGAGAAACGAGGGCAAUGUAGGAAUAGGAGAAGUGAUCAGACCAAAGGAGAUUGUUGAUGUUGACACGCCAGACCUCUUUCCAGACGAAUGUUUGGUACAUGAGGAUUGCCGUUCUACGGAUUUUUGUUCUCCUCCUCCUCAGAACAAAUGUACAGAUGCAUGUACACUAGACGUUUGUGGAAGUGGCGCAGUAUGUAGCUCCCAGCUACACAGGCCGGUCUGCUCGUGUCCUGACGGGUUCGAAGGAAACCCAUACGAUAAAUGUACAAAGACGCCUUCUCGUGAAGGAAUGCGGUUUCGAAGAUGGGCAGAUGCUCUGUAAAGAUAUUCAACUAGACAAGGGAGAGAAGGAUAUAGCGUUGGAAUCUCCAUUAGAGUUAAAAUCACGUCAUAUCUUUGAGAAAGAAAUUUAAAUAGAUAAUGUGAAUAAAUUGAGUUUUUGCUGCAAACUUAAAUUUUCUUAUAAAAUUGAAACCUGAUGGCGUAAACUUUUGACAUGUGUCAAACUUUACUGUUUGAUCUAACACAAAUAGAGGGAUUAGUAAAUUAGAGUUUGUGGCAGAAACUCAAAUCCUUUAGACUAUCUCGCCUUUUAAACCAUUUUUAGCUUAAUGAAAAUGGUAUUUUUGAACUUCCCAACCUUUUCUGAGAAAAACGCAAUCUCUUAUAUGAAAUAAAUACUAAAAAACAUGAAUCCCAAUAAAAUAUUUGUAAUUGAAAUUUGUGCCAUAUUUGUAAAUAUUUCAAACAAAAAAUAUAUCUUCUAUGUAUUAUGUGUUUAUCUUUAGAUAUAAAGUUGUAAUCUCUGUUUGUUUGUUUGUGUGUCCGAAUAUAACUCAGGAACC